AAUUUAACCAAUAGAUUUAAAAGUGACCUAAAAAGAGACAUUUGUGCAGAGGGCGCCGGUUUGCUGCCCCAAAGACAAAAAAGAAGACUGAAAUUGAAGAGUCUGUUACUGUUAGCUCUCUCUCUACCGUCAUAUGCUCAAAAACACAACCAUAAGGACCCGCCGCCGGUGGUCCUCUCAUUUCAUAACAACGCCAUUCUCCAUUCUAGGAUGACCAAGCAUAGACUUGGACUGCACACUCGUUUGUGCUUCCAUCUUUCAAGAACAAAGAGACCUUUAACUACUUCCCCUUUACCUUCGGAAGCGAUAUCAUGUGUUCACACUUCCCCACUUAAUCACAAGACCUUGUGUUUUUCACUUGCAGCGAAUUUAAUAGUUCGUGGGUUGUUCGAUUCAGCUCAGAAAGUAAUACGGAGAAUCAUCAAGCAUUCCUCAUCAGUUCCUGAAGCUAUCUCUGCUGUUGAAUUUUCUAUUUCUCGUGGAGUUGAGCCUGAUGUAACUAGCUAUGCUUUUCUCAUUCGGCAACUCGUGACAUCUGGAGAAACCCUGAAGGCUGAGGCUCUCUAUGUAGAUUGCAUUUUGAACAGAGGUAUUGAGCCGAACCAUUCUCUAUUAAAUUCCAUGGCGAUUUGUUAUUGUAAUUUGGGUAAAUUGGAGGAAGCUAAGUUGCUUUUUGAUAAACUUGUGGAUAUGAAGUUGAUGCCUUGUAGUAGCACGUGUAAUGAGCUUAUUAAAGGAUUUUGUGGCCAAGAUAGAAUCUUGGAUGGAUUUGAUGUUUUUGUUGAAGCUAUUAAUUCUGAGGUAUUACUGGCUUUCAGUUGUUACAAUAAGUUAGUGGAUAUUUUGUGCUUCCAAGGGUACUUAGAUGAAGCACUCUAUGUGUUUGACGAAAUGUGUGAUAGAGGGGUACCACCCACAGUUCAUUUGUUUAAAAGAUUGAUUCUUUCGUUGUCUAAGAGAGGCAGAGUUGAGGAAGCGCAAUUGUUGAGCAUGGAUAUGGAAUCUUAUGGUUUUGUUUUGGAUAAAGUCAUGUACACAACUCUCAUCAACGGUUAUUCCAAGAUCCAGAAAAUGAAAACGGCUAUGAUGUUAUUUCUCAGAAUGCGUAAGUUGGGCUGUGAACCGGAUAAGUAUACUUACAACACGCUGAUCAAUGGGUUCAUAAACUUGGGCAUGUUCGACAAGGGUUGGAUGCUGAAUCAGCAGAUGGUUGAAUUUGGAUUAGAACCUGAUGCAGUAAGUUACCAAAUCAUGAUUGCCAAGUAUUGCAAGGAACAUAAAGUUGAUUGCGCAUUGACGCUAUUGGAUGACAUUAAUCAGUGGAAUGUUCCUCCCAGUGUUCACUCUUAUACUGCUUUGAUCUCUGCACUUUAUAAAGAGAAUCGGUUAGCUGAAGUAGAUGACUUAUACAGGAAGAUGUUGUACACUGGAUUGGUUCCUGACCAUGUUCUGUUUUUUACCUUGAUCAGCAAUCAUCCAAGAGGGUCAGAGAUUAGUCUAGCAUGCACAUUUUUGCGGGCUAUUGCCAAGAACGGUUGUGGUAUUGACCCCUCUUUCAUCCCCAGUCCUACCAGUCGUAAAGUUACUACAGAUAUCAUGCUUGAUAUUGAUUGUCUCUUGGGAGAAAUUGCGGCAAGAAACUUACCUCUGGCUUGUGUUGCUUUCAAUAUAUAUAUGAUUGCUUUGUGUCUUGGAGGAGAACUUGAUUCUGCUCAGCUUUGCAUGGACAAGAUGUCAAGCCUUUCUCUUCAGCCUUCACUAUCAGCUUAUAAUUCCAUGAUCAAGUGCCUUUACCAAAAGGGACUACAUGAGGAUGCCAAGUUACUUGUUGAAGUUAUGCAAGAUCAAGGUCAAGUUCCAAAUCAAGCAACAUUCUUGAUUAUGGUAAAUGAAUACUGUAAACAGGGUGACAUACAAUCAGCAUUAGAAGUGCUGGACCAAAUGGAAGAGAGUGGAUUGAAGCCUAGUGUUGCUAUAUAUGAUUCCGUCAUUGGGUGUUUGGGUAGAAAAAAGAGAAUAGAUGAGGCCCUUGGAGUUUUCCGGAGAAUGCUCGAGACUGGAAUUUAUCCUGAUAAAACUUUGUUUGUGACAAUGAUUAAUGCUCUAUCAAGAAAUGGGCGAGCUAUUCAGGCCCAUGAGCUCUUCGUUACAAUGUUGGAAGAUGGAGUUCAACCAAGCCACAAUGCUUAUACUGCUCUUAUAAAUGGGUUAGUUAAGAAAAACAUGAUAGAGAAGGGCUGUGUUUACCUCAAGCAAAUGAUAGAAGAGGGUUUCAUGCCAAAUACUGUUCUUUAUACUUCUCUUAUAAAACAAUUCUUAAGGAAGAGAGAGUUUGAAUUCGCAUUAAAGUUGGUUGAUUUAAUGGAAAGAAGUGAGGUUGAGCGAGACUUGGUAACUUAUAUUACUUUGGUCAGUGGCGUUUCUAGAAAUAUUAGGUCAGUCAAUGAGAAAGGGCUUGUUCCACAGAGACGGUAUGAAGAAUCUAAGGAAAUGUUGUUCCGCCUACUUCAUCAGAGUGCUAUGUUGCCUAAGGAAAAAUGUUUGAAAAUCUCAGUUAACUCUCAGGAACAAAUAAAAUUUCUUGCACUUCGGCUGAUAAAUAAAGUGAAGGCAACUCCCCUAAUGCCAAAUUUGUACUUAUAUAAUGGCAUAAUUUCUGGGUUUUGCUGGGCAGAGAGUAUGAAAGAUGCAUACAAGCACCUUCAUACGAUGCAAAAUGAAGGCAUCCUACCAAAUCAAGUUACUUUUACCAUUCUAAUUGAUGGGCAUUUCCGAAGUGGUGAAAUUAAUUGUGCUGUUAGUCUUUUCAACAGAAUGAAUGCGCAGGGUUGUCCUCCAGAUAACAUCGUCUACAACACUUUAAUUAGAGGUCUAUGCAAGCACGGAAGGCUCAUGGAUGCUCUAUCACUCUCAUAUACUAUGCUCAAAAAAGGACUGGCCCCUUCUAAGGCAUCAUAUGAAAGUCUUCUCAGUUCUCUUUGUGCUAGUAAUUGGAGAGUUCAUGCACUGAAGAUAUGUCACGAUAUGCUUGCCAAUAAAUAUGUCCCUUGUGGCCAUAAUCUGAAAUUGUUGAUUUGUAUACUGGGAGAAGAAAAUAAGUGGCACGAAGCUCGUUUUAUGUAUGAUUUGCUUCUUAAGAAAGAAAAUUUAUGAUGACACAAUCUUAGAGGCUGGGUAUGAUCUCUCUGAUAUUGUUGGGCUUCCUUCCCUUGUCUGUGUAUCAACAGAAUAUGGACUUUUUUAUGGAGCUGCACAUUGUAGCUUGUGUCCACUCAGAAUUCCAUUUAUUAUUUGUUGAAUAUGAUAAGCGGCUCCUAUGUACUGGUCGUGUCUAAUUUGUGAAGUGAUUGUACGCUAUGCACAGUUGACAACCUUUAGCAAAGCUCUGCGAGUUCAGAGGCAACAGAAAAAGAAGUGUCAAUCUCAGAUGAAAGAGUUGGCAUACAUUUGUCAGUAAAUAAAGAAUCCUCUGGAUGGUAUGUGCUUUACAAACUCAUUGUUGAAGGCCUCAUAUUUGACAGAAAGGCAGAACCAAGUAUCUAGAGGCAAGUGCUGCUUGUGGGAGGCAGAUGUCUAAGAUCACCUGAAUGUUGCUGUUGAAAACAUUUGAGGACAUGGUUCACUGACCAUUGAGAUAGAAGAGUUUUUCUUGGGAGUGUAAUGGAAUGCUGUUGUUGCAAGUUUAUGUUGUUGCUGACAGAAUGUAUUAUCCGGAAUAUUUCAGAGGAAAUUAAGCCAUAAUAGUCUAUGGCGACUAAAAUCAACAGGUCCCGUCAGAUUUGUUGCUGGACAUCUUACUCUAUGCACCAUCACCUGAUGGUGAAUAUCCAACUUUGAUCAAGUAUAAGCAAAUAUCUGACGAAAUAACUGUGGGGACUACUGAAUUAAGCUGGUUUUGCAGGGACACUAAGAAACUAACAUUAAAGAGGAUACAGAUAUCGUCUGUUUACAGCAGCAACGACGACACCAGAUCAGAGAGACUAAGCCAUCCGAUUCAUUCAAACCCUCACGAUUGCGAUCUUUAUCCUCUCCCCACAUUCGUAAUACCUUGCUCUGAGAAGUCUCUUAUCUCCGUUGAUCUGUGCUCUGCUGCUUUGUAAUUUCAUUUUCCCCACCUAGUAGCCCUACUAAACAUGGCUUCGAUAUUAAGUGAGUUAAGGUCAUGACUAUCUGUUGUGGUUUGCUUACUGUUAUUAUAGUAUUUUUGUAUUAAAGUGUGCAUCAACAAUAAUUAUUAUGUCAUCAAUGUCUUGAGCAGUGACAUUGCAGAAGAGUCAUAACAUAAAGUAGACAAAGGCAAACAGUCAUUCUGUCCUUUGUUUAUGUCUAGCAAGUAGCAACUUUCUAAAUAUUUGUUUAUUUCCCCGUUUCAAAAUUUUGA